GCGCAAAACUGCCGGGUUGUCCCCGCUUCCCUUACAGGACGAAGAAGUCUUCAACUUUCCCACGACCACCAGGCGCGCCCUGGCCUGCUUGGCAGAGAACCCGCGGCGCAGAGUUUAGUGGUAGAGUCUGAGACUCCUAAACAGCAGCCCCCAAAAGAAGAGGAGGUAGCUGCUGAAACAGGUACACAGGAAUCUUUUGUGGAGAAAGCACCUGAGGGGGAUAAUCAAUCAAAGAAGAAACUGAAAGCAUCCAAUGGUGAUACACCCACCCGAGAGGACCAGAGUAAGAACAAAGAAUGCAGUUCUGAAAACCGUGGCCUGUCACGCCUAUUUUCAUCAUUCCUCAAGAGGCCCAAAUCUCAGGUAUCAGAGGAAGAAGGCAACGAGGCAGGAACAAAAGAACUUGGUGAAGAAGGCCAGAAAGAGACUGAUAUAGAAGCUGAUCUCAAUGAAGAGAUUCUGCUGAAAGCCCCAAUAGCAGCUCCUGAACCUGAACUUAGGACUGAUCCAUCUUUAGAUCUUCACUCACUCAGCAGUGCAGAAACUCAGCCUGCUCAAGAGGAUAGGAGAGAAGAUCAGGAUCAAGAUCCAGAGAACAGAGAUCUUGGAAUUAAGGAAGAAAGAGAGCAGGUGGAGUGCUCCAAUACAGGUGAAAAAAAAGAAAACAUCAAGGGGAAGGUGGAAAAAGAAUUAAAGAGUGCCCAAAAAACAGUAAGAAGACUUCGAAAUAGCAUGCACUGCAAGAUUACUUUACUGGAUGAUACAAUUUUUGAGUGUUCUGUGGAUAAACAUGCCAAAGGACAAGAUCUUCUUAAGAAAGUAUGUGAUCACCUUAACCUUUUGGAAGAAGACUAUUUUGGACUGGCCAUAUGGGAAACCCCAACAUCUAAGACAUGGUUGGAUGCUGCCAAAGAGAUUAAAAAACAGGUCCAUGGAGGCCCAUGGAUUUUCACUUUCAAUGUCAAAUUUUAUCCUCCAGACCCAGCACAAUUAACAGAGGAUAUAACAAGGUAUUAUUUGUGUCUCCAGCUAAGAAAAGAUAUUAUUACUGGGCGGCUUCCUUGCUCUUUUGCCACAUUAGCUUUGCUGGGUUCCUACACAAUCCAAUCUGAAUUAGGAGACUAUGACACAGAUCUACAUGGUGCAGAUUAUGUCAGUGAAUUUAAGCUGGCCCCCAACCAGACAAAAGAACUAGAAGACAAGGUCACAGAAUUACAUAAAACAUACAGAUCUAUGAGUCCAGCUCAAGCUGAUAUGGAAUUUCUUGAGAAUGCUAAAAAGCUGUCUAUGUAUGGAGUUGAUCUUCAUCAAGCCAAGGAUUUGGAAGGUGUGGACAUCACUCUAGGAGUCUGUUCCAGUGGUCUUCUUGUGUAUAAAGAUAAAUUGAGAAUCAACCGUUUUCCUUGGCCCAAAGUGUUGAAGAUUUCUUACAAACGCAGCAGCUUUUUUAUCAAGAUCCGGCCUGGCGAGCAUGAACAAUAUGAAAGUACUAUUGGAUUCAAACUUCCUAGUUAUCGGGCAGCUAAGAAAUUAUGGAAAGUCUGUGUUGAGCAUCAUGCAUUUUUCAGACUAACAUCAACUGAAGCACUUCCCAAGAGCAGAUUCUUGGUGCUGGGUUCUAAGUUUCGCUACAGUGGUCGGACACAAGCUCAGACCAGGCAAGCUAGCGCCCUGAUAGAUAGACCUGCACCACAGUUUGAACGGACAGCAAGUAAACGUGCUUCUAGAAGCCUUGAUGGUGCUAAACGUGGCUCUCAAAAAAUUCAGUUCAAACCCGUAGAGGAGGAGAAGCAGGAGGAUGUGGUGUUGGUUGGGGUUCCGGAAUCAGAACCUGUGGAACAAUUUCAGGAGAAGCCAGCUAUACAUGUUCUUGACAUAAGCACAAUAAAAGAAGAGGAGAAAGAAGAAAAAUCAGUUGUACAGGAUCUAGAGCCAAAAUCGCUAUUACUUGAAACAAUUCAGGAAGAGUCAGCAGUAGCAGUGGUUACACCUGAUAGAAGCCCACGGCCUACGUCAGCACCAGCUAUUGCUCAGAGCCAUGUUACUGAGCCAGCUCUACCAGCUGCAUCUGACAGCAAGGAACCAGCAGUUCUUAAAACUGAAAAGGAAACAGUAAAAAAAGAAGUAAAACUUGAAGGAGCUCUUCAAGAUAAAGUCAAAACAGAACCAGCUGAAGGAUUCCAGGUGGGAAAAACGCAUAUCAAAAUGCCAAUACCCAGCACAAAUGGCGACCAAAAUCAGCAGCGUGCAGAAAAAGAGGAAGACCCGAUAAGAAUGAGGAAGAAAAGAUCAAAGAGACUAGAUGGUGAAAACAUUUAUAUAAGACAUAGCAAUUUAAUGUUGGAGGAUCUAGAUAAAACUCAAGAAGAAAUAAAGAAGCAUCAUGCUAACAUCAGUGAGCUGAAGAAAAACUUCAUGGAAUCUGUUCCUGAGCCCCGGCCAAGCGAAUGGGACAAGCGCCUCUCUACUCAUUCUCCUUUCAGAACACUUAACAUCAAUGGACAGAUUCCCACAGGAGUAGAAGGAGUCAAGAAAACCACAUUUCAGCCCUGUGAGACACAGGCCAGUGGGCCAGAGAAUGUACGUGACUGUCCCUUCAAAGAGGAUGCAGAUGAAAUGACAGAGGGGAAAAGUAUUAUCUCUCACUUUGAAUGGGAGGUCCCAAAGCAUUCAGUAGGCUUUAGUGAGAGCCAAAUGUCAACCACACUGGAGCCUACACAGAUUCUUGAAUCAGACUCUUUUUCAAUAAACAGCAAGGAGCAGAAAGAGGAGGGUGCCACUGCUCCUCUUGAGAGCAAGGAAGAUCUAAGGUGUGAAAAGGGAUUUUACUCAAAUAUGGAAAAGGAAGCUGAGGAUUCAAAACAGGCUGAGGUGGAAAUACCGGUAAUCUCUGUUUCACCUCCAUUGUACCUCCAUGAGCAAGAGGAGGAAGCCUGUGGUGUUGAAGAAAAAAAAAUAACCUGCAAGCCACUUAGAAAGCUAAAUGGAGAAUUUUGCAAUCCAAAUGUUGAUAAUGAAUUUCCUGCUCUCAUUCGCUGUUUCCAGCCCCCCCUGGUGAAAACUCAGACAGUGACCAUCUCUGAUGUGUUUAAUACUGUGAAAAGUGAAAUUCCAACUAAAGAAGUUCCAAUUGUCCACACAGAGACCAAGACUAUAACAUAUGAAGCUGCACAGACUGAUGAUGGCAGUGGGGAUUUAGAUCCAGGAGUUCUCCUAACUGCUCAGACUAUCACUUCAGAGACCAGCAGCAGCACUACAACCACACAGAUAACAAAGACUGUAAAAGGUGGAAUUUCAGAAACACGAAUUGAAAAACGAAUUGUCAUCACAGGAGAUACAGACAUUGAUCAUGAUCAAGUUCUUGUUCAGGCCAUCAAAGAAGCUAAAGAGCAACAUCCAGAUAUGUCUGUGACCAAGGUAGUUGUUCAUCAGGAGACUGAGAUUGCAGAAUAAAUAACAAGAACAGCUGUAUCUAGUUUAUAUCAGGUGAUGCCUGCUUCAUUCUCUGAAGACCACCCAAGAUAUACCAGCAGAACUACAAAGAAACUUUGGAACACCAUGACCUCAAACUUGCCAGAUUUACUCUCAGUCACACAUUCUAUCAUUUAUUGUUAGGAAGUUGUGCUUUUUUGAUGUUUACUUGAGAUUCUCUUUAAUAUUCUAGGUCCCUUUUCAUUGUCUUUAAUAUUGUGGCUGACAGUUUGCCAUAUUUUACAUGUACUGAUGUGCUUUUUAAAAAUCAUUUCAUUUUUUUUUCUUGCAUUUCCUUUUCCUAUGCCGUUUUCUGAAUCUCUAUUAUGAUGUCAAAAGACUACAGAGGGCUUAUCAAAAAAUGUUGCCUUUAAGUGUGAUGCUGUUCACCUUUCUGUUCCUCAAGAAGCUUGCAUUCUCUCCUACCUUUUGAAUAAGUUACUGUGUGGCAUCUCAGUGACUUAAAAGUAGCCCCUGUUGUCAGAAAAAUCACUGUGUGCAAAACUUUAAUUUGACUUGGUUGAUCUAUAAUAUGUCCAGCGUAUCCUAACCACAGCCAACUUUGCCUGUGGAUUUCCUUCGCUUUUAUGGAUAUGUCCGUCUUUAGAUGCUUGAACAUAUCCGGAGGUUGUGGUGUUUAUAUAAGUGUAAUUCAGUAGUUGCCUAGGUUCACGGACAAUGGAAGUUGCUUUUUAUACUGUGAAUCGUAGAGCCUUUAAACAAACUGUGAUAAGGCAUUCAACUUUCCCCUGCUCUUUUCUCCCUCCACCUUUGUUUUGCUUUACAGCCCUUGGUGAGUGUUCCUUGUCAAUCCUAUCUGCUGUUUAGCCUCAUUAAACUAUGAGUUUAAGAGUGAUGGACUCUGAACACAGUUAGGUUAGGCUGUGAUUUAUCAUGGUUUGUUUGUUUUUUCCUCCACAGUCAUUUGUAAAUUUGGGUGGAAGGUUUUGUUUUUGGUUCAUUUGGUUUUUGUGCUGAGGGGGCAAGAGGCAAAUAGAAAUUUAAAAUCAUACUUGUAAAGGAAAGCUAAUCUUAGAGGACUGGCAAUGUAUCUGUAUAAGGGGUAUAAUUCCUAUUCAUUCAUUAAAGGCAGUCUGGCAUUCCUUUCAUGCAGAUAGUAUCAAAGGCAGUCAGAAUAGGGUCUUGUUUCCUUAAUUAAAAGUCAUUUGGAGAGUGAACGUAUUAAUUUCCAUCAGAUAAUGCUUUUUGCAAGACAGCAUUCUGUCGUUCUUCUUGGGGGCAAUCCACAGUGCACUGCUGUUGUGUCUCCCUCGUUUCCUUUGGAUUGUUUAGAAUUCCUUAUGAAAGAACUUUCCCUCACCUAAAAAAAAAAGAAAAGAACGGAGGUCAUUGCACUUUGUAAAUUACAUCAUUAGCUUUUUCACCAUUACACUAGAGUGGAAGAGCAGAACCUGGCAUUGGCUGCUGUCCUCAGCACCUUAAUACGACGUGUAAUAUCAUCAGAGAAAGCUAUAUACCACCUAAAGAAUAUGGUCAGAGAAAGAGCGACAAGCUAUUUGUGAAUGGGUGAGUGGGAAUUUUUAAAAGAUACUGGUUUUACAUUACUUUCAAAAGAUAGGUAGGAGGUCUUUUUCAAAAUACUUCACUUUUCUAAGUGUUGUUGUAACCUGCAUGUCCAGUGAUUGAGCUCCAAUUUGGACUUCCUGUAUCUUUCAAAAAUAGACCAUUAUUUAGUUGGAUAAUUCUUCUUUUCUGAAAUACAUGAAGGCUCUGUAAAGAUACAGACAGCAAGAAACAGAUCUACCUUUUCUUAGAAGAACUUGAGUUCCGUAAAUAAAAGCUUUCAUUUACUAUUUGCCAUAAUGCUACACUGUCAAAUUGCAUGUUCCCUCUCACGUUUGAGUGCAUUUUGAUUAAGGAGUCAAUAUAAAUAUUUUAGGAUUGAAAGAUAUAAAGGUAGUGGUGUGUGAAACAUUUUGAAUCCAAAACAUCCCAUUUUGAGCUUGAAAUUAUUUUACUUUCAAAGUGAAGUUUGUAACAUUUUGGAAGUGUUUUGAGAUGGAGUGCUGUUUGAUCAGCUUUGCUUUAAUGUGCUCUGGACAUUACAUCAUGUUUCCAGUGAUUGCUGAUUGGUGCCAGAGGGAAGCUCAUCUGGAAACAGAUUUUCCCCCCUAAGAGAAUAAAUCUAGGAUUGAGUUAUAAUAGUAUUAAUGAAAGUAAUUGUGAAACAGUAGAGUAAGUAAGCUUCCUAACAAUAUUACACUGAACUUUAAGAAUAAACUCUGAGCACUUAAUGUAUUUAUUACAAAGCUAUUUAUUGUGGAUGACAGUUGAUUGGUACACUUUCACUAGUGCAGAAUCUUAAUAUUUCUGCUGCUUUUACUGCUGUGUUAUCUAAAGCAUAAAGCAAGUUUUGAAAGAAUUCCAUUAGUUAUUAUGGAAUUCUAUUCCAUAUGUUUUCUAAGGACAUGUCUUGCCCUUUCACCAGCUGUGAGCGUGAUGUUUGUACGCUAUGGAUAGCUAUCCGUUGAUGUUUUGUUCUUUUUAGCUGACAUACACAUUUUUGCAUGGAAUGUGAAUCCCUCAUUAAAAGAUACUUACCUUUACAUAAUGAGGGGCAUGCAUUUCAGAUUGUCCCUUUUCCUGGCCCUCUUUCCAUCUAGUGAUCUUCCGUUUUAAGAGUUUUUCUACCCCCCUCACCUUUUGGCCUCCACGUUCAUUCAUGCACCAGACCUAAUUUCAUCAAUUCAUCAUUUUUGUGCUGUGCAGCAAAUGACCCUGACUUUCCUUUUCAUGAUUUUUAGCUUAUUUACUAAAAGUGUGUAAUGAAAUCUGUGAUGAGUGGUUGCAUUAGACUGUCAGUCCAAGGUGGGAUGGUGUAUAUACAUUGUAUGAUUUCUUGCUUUUUUCUACAAUAACCAGAAGCAAAACAAUGUAUAUUUAGCAAUUUGUUGAAAUAUUUAGGAUUAUGUUUUCCUACAUAUUACUUAGGAAUAUGUUAGCUUGAAGAAAUACGCAAAAUCACAGGAUACACGUGAGUGGAAAACAUGAAAAACUAUUCUAGAAAACAAAAGGAUAAAGAUUGCAGCUGGGCAACAAGACAACCAUAUCCCUGAAAGAAAGGAAACUAAGGGUCAUUCAAAUUUACCAUUUUCUUUCUGUUUUUCUAGAUUCAUUAGCGAGGCAUUUUGAACUCAGGAGUUUAAUAAAAGUCCUGCUUUCCUAAUCUCUACUGUCCUACUCAUGGCCAAGCAUAAGAUCCCCACCCUCCUUUGAGUAUGCCUGGAGACAAAAGCCUUAUAGAGCAAGAGAAACUUCACAUUUUUGCAGAUCAAGUUGAUUUGCAUGAUAUAUGUAAAUUAUGCUUUUUUCAUGUUACAUUAUUCUGCUUCUGCAUAUUGUAAGGAAACAUAAAAAGCUUCACAAUAGGCAUGUAUACAUACCUUCCUCUGACUGGCAGUCUAAUUCUGCCACUCCUGCCAGCUUUUAUUACCUAUUGUCCAUAAACUAUAGAACUAAACUUCACUGCAGUAAAGGCUGAAAGUGUUUAAGCAUCCUCUUAAACUUCCUAGGAAUGUGAAUUCUGGGGCUGCUGCCACAUAGCGAUGGUUUUCUUCUGUGAGAUUCCUUUGUGCGUACAGCUUGAAUCUGCUUUCCUCGCUGCAAGGGGGACUUCUGCUUAUCGUCUGAGCUUAUAAAUUGUCACUCCUCCCGGCAGUCUUUGUAACUGGACAAGAGUUGUUGGUUUGUCUCCUCCUGGCUGCAGUUACAUCCCACAAGUGAGCAAUACUUUAUUUUGCAAAGCCAUGCAUGCUGGAGAAAUAAAAAAGGAGCUAGUAAAUCCUUUCGAGAUGUAUUUGCCAAGCUGAUUUAACUUUCCAUAGCAGGCGCAAUGAAAACAAUUUAUUUUUAGGGAACCAGAAGUGUGUCCUGAACCGUCUGCCAUUGACAGUAGGGAUUUUCAUGUUUUGAGAAGGAAGAGCAUGAAUAGGCUGCUUGUACUCAUAAUCUCAGAGCUGCCACCGUCACCUUACCAAGCCACAGAAUAAACCUGGCUUCUAGCAUUCUCAUUUUCUGGGGACCAGCACUGCCAUUACUGGAGCAGUAAAUAAAAUACAGUCUACUUAUUUAUAAUGACGACAUGACUCUGCUCCCAGUUAUUUCCUUCCCCAUUUAUGAGAUGACCUAGAAACUAUCUUAACCGUAUAGUAAAUGGAAGCUAUUUAUCUAUGAAUGUGUGUACAGAAGGAAGAGCAGCAAUAUCCAAAUUGGUCAGAUCAGAAGGAAACACAAUAGAUUUUCACUUGCCAACAAUUAAAGUACAAAUUAAUUUUGGGGAUUCAAGAGGGUGGUGAGAGUUCAUAAACUGUGAUUUUUCCAUUUUCAUAUAAGGGGCAGUUUUUAAAAAAAAUGUAUUCUAAUUAGAGGGGGUGGUUCUCUUUUUUACACAUUAAAUCACACUGUUUCACUGCCGAUAUGAAGGAGCUUUGUAAAUUUUUUUAAGACAAUUGUAUAGAAUAGUUCGUUCUUUUUAAAAAUAGGAACGGAAUAAACAAUUAGCAAAACUUUAUAGUUUAUGUAGCUGUUAUUUUGGACUUUUGUAGUUGAAGAAAAUUAGAUGUAGCAUUUAGAUAUGUGUUCAAUCUUGUAUUGCAUUUUUCAAUAAAUUUUCAGGUAAAAAUUG